GUUAAAAACGACAGAAGAAGAAGAUUACAGUGACAACUGUUACUCAGUUUUUCCACACAAAUGUUGUCCAUUGCGGUUUUCCUGUCUUUGCUAAUCAUCUUGGUUUCAGGAUUAAAAGAGCUCAUUGUGAAUCCUGGACAAGAUGCCCCUCUUCAGUGUCAGGGUCCCAGAGAUGCAGAGAUCACCCUGUUGGAGUGGAACAGAGCUGACCUCAAAUCAGAUGAAUAUGUCUUUAUGUACAGAAACCAGCGCCCGUAUGAAAGCUACCAGCAUGUGUCCUUUAGAGGCCGAGUGGACCUGAUGGAUCCAUCCAUGAAGGAUGGAAAUGUGUCUGUGACACUGAGGAACGUCAGGCUCAGCGAUACAGGAACGUACAAGUGUCAGAUUACAACCAAGGAAACAGAAAGUGUCGUCCACGAGUGCUCCAUCAACCUCACAGUCACAACCCCAGAUAAAGACUCCAAGACGUCCAAGGAUGGAGGAGAGAGGGAUAAGUGUCUUUCUGUCACCAUCCUUGUCCUGUCAGUUUUUGUUGUGCUUAUUACUGAUAUUAUGUAAUUACCUGCAGAACAUGAAAAAUAUGUCUGAUAUCUUGGCUACUGAGAGUCCAAAGUAUACUACUGAUACAACUUCUUCAGUCACUUUAUGUUGAACUUUUAAAAACUGUUUGAUUUUCAACCAGCUGCAAUCAUCUUCUUCCUUUUUGCUAACACCUAAUCAGUCGUUUCAAUUAAGCUUACCUCACAUUUAAGAUCACUGGCUCAGGAAUCUCUGGACUGUGUAGAUGUCCGCAGACAUCCUGUUAUGCCCUCUUGUACUUGCAUGUCUGUGAUGCAGCUCGAUCCUCUUUAAUGAGGCAGAACUCUGACUUUUCAAAUGAUUUUCACUUUUGGGAAGUGGACAAAGUCACAGAGAGGCUAAUGUGGUGAAUAGGGUGGUGAUCAAAGGUUGUUCACACUGUAGACUUUAAUGUACUGAGAGAGUACUGAGAGGUGCCGACACCUCCUACAAUUUGUGUUUAAAACUGACCUGAAUUUCAUGGCUGAGCAGUUUUCUGAUGAAGACAUUCAGAGACUGACUAAAAACAGCAGCUGCACCUAAAACAGUCCAGAGGUUUCUGAUUUUUAUGAAUCUGUUCUUUGGUUUGUGAAGGAUGCACUAUUAUAAUAUAAGUGUAUUUAUUAAAGUUCUGUUAGUCCGUGUUGAGGGACCAUGAUCGGCUGUUGCCACUCAUCGUUUAUCGUGAUUCAGUUUGUUUUUAAUGCCCAGCAAAAAAUCCUGACAAAUAUCCAACACAACAGCCUCUGAGUGAUGAACCAAAUACAUUUUAAAUAAGCAAUUUAUAUAAUAGUUGGAAAUCUAUCAGUACAUGACUGGAUUAAAUCUGUUCAAGAAACUGUGAUCACAUUAUUGUUAAAAUGUUACCAUAUUCCUUUUGCUUUUCCUUUAUUUUUUAUUAACCGUAUGUGUGAAUGUUUUGUUUACACACAUCUGAUUUCAUCUAGAAGACUGAAGGGUUUGUUUGGUGGUUUUCAUUGUGAGGCUUUUUAUUUUGUCUCUGAAGUAAUGCUUUAAAAUCUAACUUCUCCACCUUUUUUAAUGCUUUUAAAACCCUAUUUUUGGUCAAAGUCUGAAAAUGUUUAAAACAAUUGAUGUCAGAUUUGACUGCUGAUUCUAUGCAUGCAUAUUUUAUGCCCCGGAGACCAUUAAUAUUAAAGGAGGUGUAGAUGAUGCUUCACAAAUAACAACCAAUCAGUGUUUCCCGAUGGGUGCAGAGCAUGGAGAUGUGCUGUCAUCCUGCAGAUGUGGUCUCAGAGAUGAGUCCAUCCUGUGGAGAUGAAAGCUUAGUUUAACUUUGUCGUCUGCAAAGCUGAUCUAAUCUGACCUGGAAGAGAAAACAAUCUUGGAGUCAUAACAACUGAUUAUGGUGAUCUUAGACUAGUUACUUUUUAUUUUUUUAAAUGUCCCUAAAUGUCUGUAUUCAUCUGUCCUUUUAACAGGAGCUGCUUUUAUUUCAUUUUUAUUUCAGUUGUUCUUGUUCUAUGCUGCAGAAUCCAGCUGUGCACUAAGAGCUCUUUGCAAUCCCCAGUUUUUAAAAAUGUCCCUAAUUAUUUGCUUUUUAACAGGAGCUGCUAUUUUUUCUGUCAUGACAAAGUUAGAGGUGAUCUGCAGCUCCUGUUAUUCAUGCUGUGCCCUUUGCUUCCUAAAUAAAAGCACCUGACCGGUCA